CUCGAUCUCUUUCGGUUUCCUUCUUGAUUUUCCGUUAAGCACUGGGUAACGGACACAUACAGCAGCAGGAAACUGAGUGGACGGCGGCGUUCUUUGGUUUUCCGGCGAGAGGGGCCGCCGCAGAAGUAGAUCGAGAGGGGAUAAUAAUAAUAAGUCCUACUGGGUUGGCUGGCUAGCUAUAAUGUCGGGAAGAAAUGAUGAAGUGAACAAGCAGAUUGGGUGCAUGAACGGAAUAUUCCAUAUCUUUGAGCGCCACCACUUCCGCCGUCUCGGCCGUCACGCCACCAAACGACUCCUUCCACCAGGUGCAAGCCACAUGGAAGAAAGUGCUUCAGAACAGCAAAGUCUGGGCAAAAAUACAAAGGUCUCAAAAGAGUCAUCCAAGAUUCUCCUCCCAUUACUUGACCAAACCCAAACUAGUUGUCACCAACGGGACCUCAAAGACGCCGUGAAGGACUCAAUGCACCGCGAAGCCCGUAGCCUAUCCAUCAAAACCGUGACCAAAACUGAAGGGAAAGUCCGGGUGGUGAAACGUGUUGACUCCCCGCGACCUUCACAGGAAGGGCUGACAAGGGGGCCCACCAAGGUGCACGAGCCCCGUCGUCUUUCCUAUGAUGAGAGAGAAUCAGGAAGAGAAACACUGAAGAGGGUGAUGAAACUGAAAGAGAUUCCCAGGUUGUCUUUAGACAGCAGGGUGAAGUCCAUAGAGAACUGUUCUACCACUGCGUCGGAGUCCAGAUCAAACUUCCUCUUAGUAGGGAAUCAUCAUCAUCAGCAGCACAAAAGAUCAUCCAGUGUGGUGGCAAAGUUGAUGGGAUUGGAGGAGGCAUCAUAUACAACACACGUUCCCGAGAGUGCCACAUCAGCAGCCAAGGUGGUGCCACGUCAGCGGCAGUCCUCUGUCUACAGUGAAAUUGAGAAGAGGGUGGCAGAGCUCGAGUUCCAGGAAUCCGGGAAGGAUCUCAGAGCCCUCAAGCACAUACUCGAAGCGAUCCACAGGAGCGAAAAACCAGAGCCGGCGACCUUGCAAAAGAACAUCAGAAAAUCAGACAAACUGAAUGAGAAUAAUAAGGUCAGACUUGAGCGAAACAGAGAGGAUUCGCUUGGCAAUGAGAGGAAAAGUCUGUCGCCGAGGAGGAGAAAUUACAUAAAAGACCCUGGGCAACGUCUCUCUGGUGCAAAGAGCAAUGUGCAGGUUGGCUCAGUUGGUGCAGUGAGUCCAAGAUUGCAAUCACAUCGCCCUCCACCUGAAAUGAGCAGAGUUAGAAGGACCCAAAAUGCACAACAAACAAAAGAGUUGGGGUUGCAGAGCAGGAGAUAUAAGAAUAAUAAGCUGAAGUCUAGGAAUCCACAACAAGACUUCAGUGGGGAGAUCAAAAGUGACAUAAGAAACUUUGGCGAGCAAUGUGACACGGCUUCAGUACACUCAGAAAGUGACAAUGGCUUUGCCUCACCUAUGGACACUGAACUACUCACAGGCAAAUAUCGGUCUAAAGGGCGAAAAUUUUGUAAAGAACUGGACUGUUCACGAAGGCUGGUUGAGAACAUGUUAACUGCUGAGCUUCAGAUUUCUACAAAAGAACAACGAAGUCCAGUGUCUGUGCUUGAUGAGACAUUUUACAUAGAAGAUUCACCAUCCCCAGUGAAGAAGAUAUCAGCAACAUAUACAGAAUAUGAUGAUUCAGAUGAUAAUGAAGCAGAAUGGAAUUCAAAAGAAUUUGGGAACUCACCGUUCACCACCACUAGACAGCAUCGUGGCUCAGAGAUCAAUCAUGAGAAAUCGGAAGAAGAUGAGAUCCUACUUCAACAUAAUCUCAGACUGACAAAUUCCACGUCUACUGCAGAUCAAACGGAAUCUUUCUGCCAUAAUAGUAAUGAGGAUGCUGACCACAAAUAUGUCAAUAAGAUACUAUUGGCAUCGGGCAUCCUCAGAGAUGUGAGCCGUGCAUCAACAAUCACUUGGCUCCAUCCGACCGUCCACCUGAUCAAUCCUGAGUUGUUUGACGUGCUAGAACAAACAGAGGAACUGCAAACUGAAGGGCCUACAAAAGAGCUGCCCCAUUUGAAGUUUGAUCAGAAAACUCACAGGAAGAUUGUGUUUGACACAGUUAAAGAAAUCAUUGUCCAGAAACUAUCACCGGAAGAAGGGCUUUCUAUGCGAGGAGGGAGACGCUUGAGUGGACAUCAGCUCCUUAAAGAAGUGCACAGGGAGAUGGAUUAUCUACGGCCUGCAAAACCAGACAGCAGUUUGGAUGCCGAGAAAGAUGAAUUGGUUAGCAUCAUAAAUGCAGAUCUGAAGCAUGAAUCAGAGGAAUGGGUAGAAUCUCACUGUGAGAUUCCAACACUAGUGGUCGAUAUUGAGCGCCUAAUCUUUAAGGAGCUCAUUACUGAGAUCAUUAGUGAUGAGGCAGCAAGGCUGAAAGAUAGAUCAAUGAGGCAUUGUAGGCAGCUAUUUGGUUAAUAGUUGUUCAAAAGUUCCGUUCUUUAUUUAUGCAUGAUAAAAUGGUCCAUGAAUGAACUGCCAAGAUUGUAAAUAAGAAUCAAUAUUUCACAAUGGUUAGUCACAUUUCAAAGUCAUCAAAUUAUUUAAACCAAAGGUUUCACGUCAUUGGGAUUUCAUAACGGACAACCAGUCAGCUCCCACAUUAGCAAUUGUUC